UUCUUACUGCUGCAGGUGAAUGGAGGAGGAAAGUAAAYGCUUGUUUACACUGACUUGGGACUAAAUAACAGAGCAGAACACUUUUUGCUUGAAAGCAGAUUAAUUUGAGGGAACAGAUUAACAACUAUUGUUCUCGUUUUCAUAAUCUGGAGGUCAAGUGUGGACUGUCUGAGCUGAUAUGGAGUGCAGCGGGAAGGUGACGCCCCAGUUGAUGCUGGCAGUGGGGACGGCUGUGAUCGGCUCUCUGCAGUUUGGCUACAACACUGGUGUCAUCAACGCACCUCAGAAUAUCAUUGAGAGCUUCUACAACACAACAUGGAUCAGCAGGUUUUCAGAACCCAUUUCUCAGAGCACCCUGACAGCUCUGUGGUCUUUUUCUGUGGCCGUCUUCUCCGUGGGAGGAAUGUUCGGCUCCUUCUCUGUCGGCCUUUUUGUCAACCGCUUUGGCAGGAGGAACUCCAUGCUCAUGGCCAAUGUGUUAGUCUUCCUUGCUGCUGUGUUUAUGGGCUUCAGCAAACUGGCAGCUUCCUUUGAGAUGCUCAUCAUUGGACGUUUUAUAGUGGGUAUGUACUCUGGCCUCUCUACGGGRUUUGUACCCAUGUAUGUUGAGGAAAUCUCUCCAACGUCUCUUCGUGGAGCCCUGGGCACUCUGCAUCAGCUCGGUGUGGUGAUUGGCAUCCUCAUGGCCCAGAUCUUUGGGAUUGAAUCCAUCUUGGGGAAUGCGUCCCUGUGGCCACUGCUGAUGGGGUUCACUCUGCUGCCGGCCUUGCUGCAGUGUGCUCUGCUGCCGUUCUGUCCAGAGAGCCCCCGCUACCUCCUCAUUAACUGCAAUGAAGAGAGCAAAGCCUGCAGCGUCCUAAUAAAGCUGCGGGGCACCGACGAGGUGAGUGAGGACAUACAGGAGAUGAGGGAGGAGAGCCAGAAGAUGAUGAGAGAGAAGAAAGUGACCAUUCCUGAGCUGUUUCGCUCUCCCAUCUACCGCCAGCCCAUCUUGGUUGCCAUCAUGCUUCAGCUGUCGCAGCAGCUGUCUGGAAUCAACGCUGUAUUUUACUACUCUACUGGGAUCUUUGAGCGAGCAGGAGUUUCACAGCCUGUGUAUGCCACCAUUGGUGCUGGGUUGGUCAACACYGCCUUUACUGUCGUUUCUCUGUUUGUGGUGGAGCAUGUGGGCCGACGACCUCUUCAUCUCAUCGGGUUGAUGGGGAUGGCGGUGUCUGCUGUGUUUUUAACUGUUGCCAUGGCUCUGCUGGACCAGCUCAGCUGGAUGUCCUAUGUCAGCAUCGUGGCCAUCUUCAGCUUUGUAGCCUUUUUUGAAAUCGGCCCCGGCCCCAUCCCGUGGUUCAUUGUAGCUGAGCUCUUCAGCCAGGGGCCCCGGCCCGCUGCCAUUGCAGUUGCUGGUUUCUGCAACUGGUCUGCCAACUUCAUAGUGGGAAUGAGCUUCCAGUAUGUUGAGCAACUCCUUGGUCCCUAUGUCUUCAUCAUCUUCACUGUUCUGCUGCUUGGCUUCUUCGUCUUCACUUACUUCAAAGUACCCGAGACAAAGGGUCGCACCUUUGAUGAGAUCGCAGCAGGUUUCCGCCACUCCUCUGGUCAGGGGACUGAGAAGUAUUCAGCUCCAGAAGAAUUCAACACGCUCAAGGGGGAUGACCCUGACCUGUAGACGCUGUCAGCACGCAUCUGCAAGAAGUCACACUCAUGUUCAACGGCUCAAUGUAACACUGCUGGUUUAAUACUCACAUGGAUAUUUAUAGAUUUAUAUUGUAACACGAGGUGUCAUUGUGGCCUUAGUCUGUAGCACAAAAUGUUUUUUUAAUUUUAURAAUCUGCCAUAAAAGUGAAAAUAAUGCAGACUCUCCAACAGCUAAGACUUUUGGUAAAUCAGAAAGAGUAAAUUGAAUUUGCAGCUUGCCACGGCUGACUUCUUGCAUCAGUCUCAAGUUURUUUUUGCUCUAUCUUCAUUUAUAGCAAUUACAGAAGUUAAUUAUUGAAUUUGUCAUUUUGGGUUUUGUAUUGUGUUCUGCUUUAACCAGCUGGUUCACUGUUAAACUGUGUGUAAUAAGAUACAAUGUCUGAUAGGUCAAGUGUGUG